AUGGCCUGUGUACCAACUCGAUCACUUCCGGCGAAUGGAGGAGAUGGCUUGUACAGUUACACCCGCAACUCCACCUUUCAGGCAAAAUGGGGAGUAGAAGCCGCCAAGGCCUUGAUCAAAGAGUCCAUCGCCGAGAAGCUCGAUACCAAACGAUUCGUUUCUCCUUUGGCAGCCUCAACCACAUUCUGCAUCGCAGAUUUAGGCUGCUCCGUCGGGCCCAACACCUUCAUUGCGGUGCAGAACAUUAUUGAAUCCCUUGAAGUCAAGUUCAGUUCUGAUGGCCUCAGUUCUGAGACCACCGAGUUCCAAGUGUUCUUCAACGACUUCACUUCCAACGACUUCAACACCCUCUUCAAAUUGAUUCCCUGUGACCGGCACUACUUUGUGGCUGGCGUCCCCGGAGGAUUUCAUGGCCGCCUAUUUCCCAAGGCUUCGAUUCACAUUAUCCACUGCUCCUACGCCCUGCACUGGCUCACAGAAGUGCCGAAAGAAGUGGUGGACAAGGACUCGCCUGCAUGGAACAAGGGAAGGAUCGACUAUGCAUACGGCCCUCCAGAGGUCCAUGAGGCGUACGCAGCUCAAUUUGCAAGAGACUUGGAGCGUUUCCUCGGAGCCAGAGAGCAAGAGCUCAUGUGCGGAGGGCUUAUGGCCCUUGUCGUUCCGUGCCUCUUGUACGGGACAACUGCCCAGCAAUGCACGCUCAUAGCAAUGGGUGGAGUCCUAGGUUCCUGCCUCAUCGACAUGGCCAUUGAGGGGUUGCUAAGUGAAAACGAUGUGGACUCUUUCAACCUCCCCAGAUACUAUGCUAGUCAGCAAGAGCUGGAAGCAGUCAUAAAGAGAAACGGUUCGUUCAGCAUCGAGAGGAUCGAGCUGCUUGAUCGGCCCAAGAUCAACAGAGGGAACAUCACAGAGCGGCUGUCCAUGGUCACCUCGUACUUCAGGGCGCUCCUGGAGGGGCUCAUCAAGGAGCAUUUCGGGGCCGAGAUAGUGGACGGGUUAUUUGACCGGUUCGAGAAGAAGAUCGAAGAGUCUUCCAUGCUAUCGGACCCCGGGUACAAGUCACCCGGCGAACUGUUCAUCCUCCUGAAGCGCACAGUCGCUUGA